UGGUGGCGGAGGCAGCUGCCCGGGGGCAGGAUUCGGUUUCCCAGCCUCAGAUUACCAGGCGGAGGCUGGACCCAGGGACGUGUGGAGACGCCCGCACCAACGCGGCCGUAGAGACUGGGACGGCCUUUACUCGCAGUCUUCGGUCCCGCCCUGCAAUUCGGGUCUGGCCACGUGGUGGGCGGACCAGGGCGGUCCUGAGCCUGCGACUUCUCAGGACCCUGAGUCCCGGCUCCAGUUCCGGGCGGGCGCUGAGAGGCGAGUGCGGGCCCAAGACCAGCAGAGAGCGAGCUCACCACGAGCAGCGCCAUGGCCAGCAAGGGUCCCGAGGGCGAGCACCCAUCCGUGACGCUCUUCCGCCAGUACCUGCGCAUCCGCACCGUCCACCCCGAGCCCGACUAUGGGGCUGUGGUGGCCUUCCUUGAGGAGAGAGCCCACCAGCUGGGCCUGGGCUGUCAGAAAGUGGAGGUGGCACCUGGCCGUGUGGUGACUGUGCUGACCUGGCCAGGCACCAACCCCAGACUCUCCUCCCUCUUGCUCAAUUCCCACACAGAUGUGGUGCCUGUCUUCAAGGAACAUUGGAGUCACGACCCCUUUGAGGCCUUCAAGGAUGCUGAAGGGUACAUCUAUGCCCGGGGUGCCCAGGACAUGAAGUGUGUCAGCAUCCAGUACCUGGAGGCUGUGAGGAGACUAAAGGUUGAGGGCCACCAUUUCCCCAGAACAAUCCACAUGACCUUUGUGCCAGAUGAGGAGAUUGGAGGUCAUGGAGGCAUGGAACUGUUCGUGCAGCGGCCUGAAUUCCAGGCCCUAAGGGCUGGCUUUGCCCUGGAUGAGGGCUUGGCCAACCCCACUGAUGCCUUCACUGUCUAUUAUAGUGAGCGGAGCAUCUGGUGGGUGCGGGUCACGAGCACUGGGAAGCCAGGCCAUGCCUCGCUCUUCACCGAGGACACAGCAGCAGAGAAGCUGCACAAGGUUGUGAGCUCCAUCCUGGCUUUCCGGGAGAAGGAGAGGCAGAGGCUGCAGUCAAACCCCCACCUGAAGCUGGGGGCUGUGACCACCGUGAACCUGACUAAGCUAGAGGGUGGCGUGGCAAUUAAUGUGGUACCUGCCACUCUGAGCGCCAGCUUUGACAUCCGCCUAGCACCGGAUGUGGACCUGAAGGCUUUUGAGGAGCAGCUGCAGAGCUGGUGCCAGGCAGCUGGAGAGGGGGUCACCUUCGAGUUUGUUCAGAAGUUCACGGAGCCCCGAGUGACAUCUACUGAUGACUCAGACCCCUGGUGGGCAGCAUUUAGUGGAGUCUUCAAGGACAUGAACCUCACUCUGGAGCCAGAGAUCUUCCCUGCUGCCACUGACAGCCGCUAUCUCCGCAAGACUGGAGCAGGACAACUGGGAAAAGGAGUCUUCACGCCCCUGUCCUAGGGCCUAGAGCACACGCCUCACUUUGGAAGCUAUCUGACCUGGUGACUUCUCGCUAAGCCAAGCCACCUUCAGGACACAAAACCUGCUCCUGUUCCCUUUCAAGACCCCACCUCCUAUCUGACACCUCCAGGUGAGGGGCAGUUGGCCACCCAUAGAGGAUGCUAGGAUGACAGUCAAAAGCUAACAGCCCAGCCCUAGCUGGGCAAAUUAAAACUUCCUGGGGCCCUGCAUGGACUACCUGGGUUCCAAUGCUACCUCCAUCUCUUCCUAGCUCCGUGAUCUUGAACAAGUUUCCUCACCUGUGAAACAAAAGAUACUAGUAAUACCUACUUGAGAGGUAGGGUGACCAGGGGUUGUACCUGUUGCCCCAGCAUAAUUAAUAUUAACCCUUUUUGAGCCUCCCAAGUACCCAAGGUUGGACCACAAAUUACAUGACCACUUGUACCAAAAGGCUGGUUUUGAGGAUUAAGUGUAACCAGGAACAGUGCUCCACCUGGCGUCUUCUAUAGAAAGCCUCCACAAACGCCUGUUCCCACUGCACUACAUGCUUCACAGGCUCUUCUGAGGACUAAGACUGCAGGUGAAACAGCCGAUCCAGGGGGCACAGCAGAGCCCAGCCCAGUCGUGCCAGUGAGGCAGAGCCACCAGUGCCCUGCCUCCCAAGGUCCCUAGCACUUGGGGGACCAGCACAACUCAGAGCAGCGGAUGCUGGCCAAGUACACAAGGAAUAGCUCAAGUCUGGAACACCUCAGGCGAGAGUGCAGAAUUCUCCAGCAGGGUCCCUCCCCUUUCCUCUGGGUAAGCUUCAAGACCUAACAAGGAUGUUUGAGAUUUCUUUCCUCAGCAGCCUACCCAGUCAAGCAAGUUAUGUGCCCCAGCUUCUCUAGGUCCCCCAACCAUUUCUCAUUUACUAGGUCCCCUUCUUGCACCCCAGGGCCCUAUUUCCCCUGACUCCCACCCACACCCUACCAUCCAGAGAAGGCUGAACUCUUCUCCCACACAAAAUGGAGGUACCAACUCCACCUGAACCCUGGUCCCAGCCCUGGGAUCACAGACUGACUGACAGAUCCUGCCUCAGGUUUAUUUGUACAAAUCGCACAGGAGGACUACCAGCCCCAUGCAGAGAGCAGCCCAGGGGUCACA